AUGCCUACCUAUUUCGCGCGUGGCGUGUCGGUGCGACUGAGCGCGACGCCGCUCGAAGACUCGACUACACAGAAAAUCAUACUAAGGAAGGGCGACGCAGCCAAGCAGCAGUCUGAAUUGGCUGAAAGGAGGCUCCUAGAGAGGAAGUUGCUGAAAGAGGAAGUCGUGCCUUUCCCCGAUGAUGAAUACGCUUUUCAGCUCAAUUGGGUCGCAAACGCACCUUUCAUGCAGACCCGGGUCAAGAACAAUGUAUAUGACAAGACGGAAGCGACGACAGGUACGCUGUUUGUCCACAUCCCCGAUAGCAUUACUGCAACUGACCACGGCUUCACAGAUGCCGCCUCACUCCGCGAACCGAAAGCACUUGCCCUCCACGUUAAUCUCUCCGACAAGACCUACGUCUCUGGCCUCUACAAUCAGAGAACAUCCCUCAAGAUCGAGGUCUUCUUCAAUGGGACGCUCUCCGCUUGUCUAUUUAUACCCACCCACGAUGUCAGGUCCGGAGCGAAAAGUAAUCAUCAGGUCUUCGGGGGAACCAGGAUCGACUUCCUUGCUGAGCGACCUUGGGUGAUCCUGUCGCCUGAAGUGGCAGCAGACGGCGAUACUAAGAAGAACACCACAGUGGUUUCAGUUGAGCAGCGAUGGCUACACCUUUGUCAGGCGCUCCAAAUCGAAGCGCGAGAGCGAGGCCAAGACGAAGAGGGCAACAGGCCUCCCACUGUCGACUUCCUUUGUGCGCUUGCGACAAUGCAAAUGCCGGACCAAGUGCGCAAUAUGCAGAAGCCGGGUGGAAAGACUUUUGGCAUCAUCGAUGUGAUCAUCACUGCUGGCGAAGGUAGAAAGCUCACUAGCGGUGUAGGCUAUCUGAAAGCACCGAAGCGCAUGGUUGAUGAGAGCUACCCAUUCGUGCCCGAUGCUGACAACACUACCAUGCGACUACGUACAGAUACGCCUAGUAAGAGCGAGAGUGAUGCGGAGCCCCAAAAUUCCACCCAGCCGAGCUCAGAGGUCAUCGAUGUGGAUGCAGAAGGAGAUAGCGAUCCGGACUAUGAUUCUUACAGCAAGAGACAGGCUCUUCAGUCAAGAGUACGCUUGACACAGGACAUACCACAUGUUCCAUCAUCGGCUCUACAGCACCCGGCCAUGGGUCCUUUGAUACCGUUUAUUCCACCACCUCUCUAUAUUGAACCGAAGACUACGGUGCUCCAAGCACCAGAAAUAACAGGUCCAGAUUUGCCGUCGUCAUCAGGUCUUGCACGAGUACAUGCGCAGGCUCAUGAGCAAGAAAGAGCAUACGAGCAACAAGUGGACAUCACGUCGCAAGCAGGGCUUAGUCCGAAGAUGAUGUAUCCAGAUAUUUCUCCAUACUUACAGACGCCCCAAAUGCGUCUCUCACCAUAUGUCGUUCAAUUCUCAGAUCCAACUCUAGGAGGAAUUACGCCUAAUGAUCUCAUGCGUCAGAUCCCGUUCGACAACGACGGCCAAUCUUCCAGUCCGUUGAGUCGCUUUCCAAUGAACCUCCAGGGCCCAAGUCAUUCGGCUGUGUCAUCUUUCCCUCCAUUGAUACCGGGACUUCAACAUAACUCCUCAAGGUCCGGUCUGUAUGCAUACUCCUCGUCUAAUCAACCAUGCAGUAACUUUCCUAAUAUCCACUUCUCACUCCCAAACUACAAUAUGUCUGGAACCGGCCCUUCUUUCGCUAGGAGAUCUGAGGUCUACAAGCCGAACAUGUUGCCACAGGCUACAGCUUUUGCUGGGCUUCAGAAGUCUACGCCGCCGCAAGUGCCCUUUCCGCCGUUCGACCGCCGACUAUCGCUGCCAUUACCGCCAGCAGCUCUAUACUCGGUACCUACAAAGCCAAAGCGAAGUCUCUCUCCACAGAAAGCUUCUUCCUCACAAAAGACAAAGAAGGCGAAGUCCAGCGUCGAGGUCAAACGCUUGAUAGUUCAUGGACAAAAGGAUUCGAUAUUGGUGGACCACCGAUGGGACCCUGCACAGCAUAUUGGCGUGUCUCUCAAUAGCCCAGCUAAACUUGGAACUCAAGAGACAGUGACCCAUGGCGACAAGGAACACGAAAAUCCUGUUGAGCAGGGAAGGACGUUCACAGGCACUUCCAGAACACGGAAGAGUUCUGUCCGGAAAGGAACACCAGCACCCGCAUCAUCUUCAGAGCACGAAAAUCCAGACCUAUCUAUGGCUGCGGACAAGCAUCAGCCAAUCAGUGCUUUCCAAGCAAACGCCUUGACUGGUCAGCACGCUGUUAAUGCUAAGAAAUCCAAGCUGAAGCACGAGCCGGAGAAGGUUGCGAAGGCCAGGUCCGAUAGUGAUCAGCCUGGUACCGAUAUGAGCAAUCAAAAUCUGCGUGUCACAAAGGAAAGGUCUUCUCGUCGCACAACCUCUAGUAACAGCAUACUCGGUGUACAAGGCCCAAAGGCAAAUCCAAUCUGGUUUGAGGAUCCAGAAGAAAUUUUGCGUGAGGCAUCUGCGCGACUGCGACGAUGUCGACCUUCUAAAAAGCAUGGAAAUGCAUCUGAUGUGGCAGUGCUGCCUAAUACCGUAGUGCCGACUGUUCAAACUCCCAAAGCAUGGGAUACCGAUACAUCAUCCCCUCUCUCGAGCCUCCAUACGACCCCUGAGCCCGAGAUGGAACCUACGACAUACACAAGUUUGCCUCAAGCAUCCGUUGAGUUAUCUCCUGCUCCCAUCCCACAGGCAGAUGGCUCAACCGAGCGCAAAACCACGCCUAAACGCCGACGCGGCAAUCACGUUCCAUCUCCGAUGAAGCUCGCUUCAACUUCUGCAACACCCCAACUUUCACUUCACAAUCCCUUCUCAUCUCGGUCUUCAGCCUCGAAGAAGCGCAAAAUUACUCACCAUACCUUGCCCAAGGAGCCGCGCAGCCCCGACCGCCUGAAGACCAACGACAACCCACCGCUGAACAGGGACUGCGUAAUCGCGUAUGCGGAGAGCAAGGACAAGAAGAACAAACAAGGUAUCCUAAGGCAGGUCAAGAGCGAGAGGCUCGGAGUGUUUACAGAGAGUGACGUCGUCUUUGCAGCGAGGUUCUUUGUUGAGGAUUAA